AUGCAGGCUUCCGCGAGCGCCCCUGAGGCUGGCGGAGGACAUGCGACGCGGAGAGGCCAUGCCCCGACUCUGUCAAUCAGCGACCCUAGCCACCAUGUGACGGAGGCAAUCGGCCAUAUGUACGACGAUGACUAUGAUCGUAACGAUCCUAGGCGCCUCAGCUACAUAGCAUCCCCACUCGGCGAGUCAAUAUCAACGAUCCCACGAGCCACGGGCGCGCGCGCAGAGUCCUCCCCCUCUCCGACCCUGCUCUCACCAACUUCGGCGGAGGUCCGCCCAAAGCAGUCAAAUGGACACCUACGCCCGCAACCCAUCAUUCAACGCCGGUCCUAUGAUCGGGACAGCGAACCCGGUUCUCCCGAUAGCCCUCGUUCCCCGUCCGAGACAGCCACAUCCUCCUUUCCUCUGAACGAUAUCGACUAUGAAUCCGAUCCUGCGGCGGUGGCCCAGGAACUGAACAAUCUGGCUGCUAUUCGUCGCAUGUCUAUGGAUGUGGCGGCUACCGGGGACCCAGAUCUUCCAGGCUUUGGAAACAACUUUACAGUCCCCUCCCUACCGCCCUCCCCCUCCGCCGAUGAAAAUGAUGCGUCUCGGUUAUUUUGGGUGCCAGCCCGCUUACACCCAGAACUGGCCCCAACUGAAUUCAAAACGUUUCUGGAAAGCAAGGCAGACCAUAUCAAGCGCAAGUCGGGUGAUUUCUCCUCUCUGAGCCCGGAGCGUUCAGGAUCUGAGAGUAGUCUGCGCCGCAAACGGUCUAUGCUAUCCCGGGAGAUUGACGAUUCGUCGGGUUAUACGGACGGUGCGGAUCGAUUGGACCGGCAGCGCUCGCUUGCUCGUAAGCGAGAAGGCAUGUUGAGUCCCAAUUUGCAGGAGCUAGAGGCGUUGGUGGAUGAUGGAAAAUCGCAAGGCUCGGACUCGCUGGUACAAGGAAUGCAGAAUGCGAGCAUCUCCUCCACCGACGAAGACAAGCCGAUUCUACCCCCCGCACCCCCGGGCCACAGUCUACGACGGUCGACACGCACCCAGUACAGAAAGGGAAGCUUGAAAAAGGGCGAGAAGCCUCCUUACUCCAAGCGUCUGGGGAGGACCUCGGAAUCUUCAGAUUCUAUGGCCUCGAUUGUCGCUGCAUCUGAUGAGCCGCCAAUACUUGGACUUACUCGCGUUUCAACCGAUCCCACCUCCAAUGCGAGCCGACCAACGCGGGCCCCAUCUGCUUCAUCGCGGACCGCGGCUUACGCUCCAGGGUCCUCUCCAAGUUCAACAUUCGAUUCCAUACUCGAGAAACCCCAAGACGAGGAAGGCGACAGGUCCCUUGCUAGCUCUCAGACUGAUGUUACGCUCGGGCGAUCGGAUUCAGGAAGCCAGUCGAGUGCCACUUCCCAGACACGAAACUGGCACUCUCGUCUCAGCUCGAAUGGUCGCUCAACCUUGAAUAUCCCCCCAUCGGAACAACAAGUUCCCGCCAUUGUCGAAACGCCCGCCGUCGAUCCCAAUCGAUCGUCAGCUAGCCAAGUCCCACAAAGCAGCCGGGUACCAGACCGCGAUGCGCUGCCUGCAAUGUCCAAAGCGACAGCAAUGAAAGAACCCAGCUUGAGCAAGCGAUCUUUGUCCAAUCGCCAGUCCAACAAGGAUACCACGUCUUCGCUCAAUGACUUUGCCAAUAAUCCGCAAAUGAUUCCUGGCAACAGUACACGAACCGACACUCUUUCCUUCAUUCCUACCCUGCCCGAAGAGCGUAAGGCCGAGGAUCGAAAGUCGGAGAGCAAAAAGUCCAAGGACAAGAAGGACUCGGAAGGUGGCCGCAAAUCUAGCUGGCACUGGCUGCUGGGCAAUGAGGAAAAGGAUAAAAAGAAGGACAAAGACAAGGACCAUGACUCGAAGAAGACGAAGUCGAAAACUGUCGAGAAGGCUCAUGACAAUACCCGUCUGGAUGUGUUGCAAUCAUCUAUCGACAACAGCCAGCGCGGGCGCGAGAGCAUCGCUAUCGAUCGCCUCGACCCGAAACUGGAAGAAGAGCGACGCAAAGAUGGAGCCAGACGGGCUUCGGGAGAGUCCAAGAAAGAAAAGGACGGGAUCUUCUCAUCAAUCUUCGGUGGUGGACGUAGAAAGCAUGGAGAGAGCCAUCACAAGAAGAGCUCUUCGCGCAACAUGUCCCCCAAUCCUCCGGCCCGCGAGCUGCGCGCAGACAUCGACUACCCGUGGACCCGCUUUUCGAUUCUUGAGGAACGAGCAAUUUACCGCAUGGCACAUAUCAAGCUUGCAAAUCCGCGGCGUGCACUCUACUCUCAGGUGUUGCUGAGCAACUUCAUGUACUCCUACCUGGCCAAGGUCCAACAGAUGCAUCCCCAGCAGAUGAUGGUCGCCUCCGGUGGAUCACAGAGGCAAGCUAAAUCCAGGGAUCCGCAGCCAGAAGAGUACCUUCAAUAUCAGCGAUAUCAAGAAGCACAGGAGCAGCAACAGCACCAGCAGCAUUACGGGAAUGGUGCAUAUGACGAUCCUUCCAUGUACGACUAUGAUGAUGAUCCGCAUAAUCGCUACCACUCAGGAGGAAACAAGCAUGGCUAUGAGAACGGCAAUGUUUAUGAUGGCUCGGGACAUUACCAGUAUGGGCACUCGUCUUUUGGCGAUGAUGUCCAACUUGACGAUGACGACGAUGACGAUAUGUGGUGA